UUGCGUUACAUACCUUCAGUUCCAUUCACCAACUAUGAUUUUUCAAAUUUCUUUAUACACAAGAACCUGAUCAUCUGCACAGUAGAAAUACUCCCUUCCCAUUAUAAAUACAAAUCGCCCAACAUGUGUCAGAACAUGAGUGAAAUUACAGCUCAUCAGGCCUUCUCCAGCCUCAAACCGCUCUGCGAUUCAUUAAUAAAAAAUCCAAAUAAACAAAAUGCCGAGAAAGUGUGCGAUUGCCUGAGCAAUUUGCCUAGAUCUGUUUUAGAAAAUCUCGCUGAUUAUGUGUUGUUUCCGCCACUUGUGCAUUUGGAACACGGGGCCAUCAAACUGGAGAUACGAUUACAAUUACUAAAUAUCAUAAAAGCUGUACUGAGUAGAGUAAGAGUUCAAAAAAUCGAAUUGUUCUUCAAACUGCAUUCGAUUCUUUUGAGUCAAGUGCGUGAUGCUCGACAACCAACUGUGUUAAUUCCAGAACAUGAAGAACUGAAAUUGAACAUAAUGCAUUGUCUGAGACACUUGUUCCUCGCUGCAUCGUCAGACCUCAUUGAGCUGAUCUACACUCGAGACAAUUCGUUGAGACUCAGUGAGAGUUUUUUCGCCUGUGUCUCCAUCGCCAAGGAGGAAAAAUACUCCACUUUGAAGAUUGCAGCGAUGGAAACUCUGAUGACUCUUUCAUACACUCACGAUGAAGCUGACGUCUCUGAUGUUGUUUUGAGGAGCCAAGUGGCUGACGUAGUCAUGCUAUAUUUUCCUGGGAUUAUUCGUGGCAUGCUCGAUAUUGCCGGUGGAAGUGACACUCAGAAUCAUAAAGUUACUUUGAUGUCGGUAAGAGCUCUGGGCAGAGUUAUAACUCUUGUGAUGGGAGAUUCGCCACUGGAGGACCCAGGACUGUCUCUUCCACUGGUACCUGAAACCUCAGUAGCCUCUAGCUCGCCUGAUCCCCUAGGAGUUAAUUUAAAACUCACUACACAGGAGGACAAGGAGAAGUACCUGAAAACAGUUCGAACAGUCGAAUGGCUCAAGGCAACGUCUGAAAAACUCACACUGCCCCUGAAGACCCUCGCUGAUCUCUCAAAACACUCGCAUCCCAAAGUGAGACGAGAACUCCUCACAACAAUUUUUCUCUUAACAACCAAAUGUCCCAGAAAUAUGAGUGAAAAUAUCGCUGACCUCGUGGACGUGGUGAUCACUCUAUCUGAAGAUGACGAACAAGAGGUAAGAGAUCCAGCGAAGAAUUCCCUGAAUGAGAUUAAUCACGCGAUUAUCGACAAUCUUCGGACGAGAUCGAUAACGUCAAUGCUAGAGGAAAAUUUUUACAGACUACUCACAAAGCUCCCAAGAGUGAUGAGAAGAUCAGAAAAUUCCGCUCAGCUUGCCUAUCUCAAUCAAUUGACAGGGUACCUGAGGAUAUUUGGACCAGAACGUCUGCCAAAGCUCAUGAGCUCGAUUGCCCAUCUCCGACGCCUUCUCCUAGCCCUGAUUUACGUUAUCGAAUUGGACUGUCGCGAGGUAUCAAUACUCGAUGACAAUCAGAUAACAACGAUGGAGGACAUUAGUUAUCUGUCAACAAAAUCGUGGAAGAAAUUCAAAUUCAUUCUGGACCCAGCAGUACUCGACAAACUCAUCGGGAUAUGUAAAUUAAUGGGGGAAUUGGGGGAUGUGUAUAUCCUCGUGGACAGUAUAAUUGAGUUAAUGUCUGAUAUACCACAAUAUCAGAAGGAGCUGACGUUGCUGCUGAAUUGGACAUGCAUGGCGUCGAAUCCCACACUCGAAGUUCUCUAUCCCCAGGUGAUAAAUCACUACAUCAACCAGGAGUUGUGGUAUCUACCUAUUGAGGUGGAGGAAGAGACAACUCUGUAUCAAGUACAAAGCAACAUCCUCCAGAAUUGUCUCCUCAUGGAGGGUCUUGGGAUUCUUGCAGUAAUCCUGAGAGAGAAUUACCAGCAGUACCUCCUGAAGACAUUGUACCUCAUCAUCGAGAGAGCUGGCAAUAAAAAUCGAUUGAUCAGCUCCGUUGGUCUCCACACUCUCAAUGAAUUAGCCAAGUCUCAGGGGUAUCCCAACAUCUCAAAUUUCCUUUGGCAUAAUAUUGAUUACAUUUCCUAUCACGUUACUGUGAAAUUACGAAGGUUUGAGAAAAACCUAGGGGUUCUGGAUGUUGUCAUGAUAGUCAUGGAAUACAGUACCCUUGAUUUUCUCCCCUGCCUGAAGGAUAUCGUUGCUGAGGCUCUGGGACAACUGAAAGUUACGGUUGAGGGGAGCAAUUCGCAUUCCAUACUGAAGGUAUUGUAUACGUUUAUUUUGUGUAUCAGGCGGCAAGUCUGCGGUCAGGGGUGUAUGGAGGAGAAUGUUAAAGUCUCAGAGAGUGUCACUGAUAGAGUUAUCCACGAUUUGAUGGAGUACUCGGAGGCUAAAAAGGCUGAUAAACUGAUGGACGAGGAUUCAGGAAUCCUGAAUAGUGAAGGACAAAUGGAAUCUGGAGGUGAAAGCAAUAACGGGGGGUUCAAUGAUCUAGGAGAUCCUCAAGAAACCAAAGUCCCAGAGUACGUUAAACUUGUAGAGGACGUCAUGCAGUGCAGUCUGAAUUUUGUGCCAUCCAAGAAGAUUCCAGAGUCUCUGAUAGCCAUGGAUAUACUCCAGGGAGGGCUGGAGGUAUUAUCUCCCUGGACAGAUCAGUUAUUACCGUUAGUUCAUAAACUUUGGCAGCCACUAGUAGAACGCUUCAAAGAGUCCAAUAUACUUAUUAUGAAUCGUGCAUGGCAACUUCUUUAUACAACAGCUCAAUGCUCAGAGGAUUUUGUGAGGGCUCGCACUCUCGAAAAAGUAAGCCCUGCUAUCGCCAAAUUCUUGGAGAUUUCGGCGAAGGAAAGUCGUGGAAAAGAUGAGAAAAAUCCUUAUGGAUUCACACAAAUGUUUAAACUGCAGAGAAUUAUUUUGUCUCAAGUUGGGGCAAUGGCGAAUUAUUUGAAGUUGCAGGAGAAGUCGCUCUGGCAGUUGCUGAGCAUGACAGAGUGUUAUUUAGAUUCCCAUCAACAUCCUGUAUUGCAGGACCGCUGCGUGGAAUUGUUUAAAACAAUUUUUCAUUGUAAUGGGGAAGUCGUGUGGGUCAAGUGUCUCAGUGUAUGGAAUUCUUCUGUGAAAUGUAGUUCAAUGCAUGUUGUCCCCACGUUAGAUGAUUUAAACACGAUGCAGGACGAAUCUAUUGAGACUCCUUAUGGGAAAAACAUUGGGGUAUUAUUAAAAUAUAUUUAUGAAAUUACCAAUGGGGAGUUUCGAUAGUGAAAUACAUUGUAAAAAAAUAGAUAAAAGUGUUUUUAGUAUUUUUUUAAUCAAAUGAAAUGGUCCUUAUUCUUAAAUAUAAUUCCCCUUC